AUGGCCAAGAUGAAUGUUGCCGCUCUACUUUACACCUUGGCACUCGCUGCCAGCGUUGACAGCAGCGCCCUACCAAGCAUUCAAAGACGUCAGGAGGACAAAGUGACGAACGGACUGGCGGAACGUCGAGAAAUGCUGCUUGCCAACUACAAGUACUUGGAGAACUUCACGCUCAACCCAGUCGACCCGCCUUUUGAGGAAGGGAAAACGGAAGCGAAAGCCAUGUGCCGCACCAGGGAAGAAUGGGCUGGGGUUUGCAUGGCGGACCUCUACCAACGUCGAAACUUGAAAGAUAUUACGAGGGUCCAGCUUGGCUACACCACCAAGUUUCUGGGCGAAGUGCCCAACGACACCCCUAACACGGCCGAGGUAGGGUACACAUCCGCAGAGAUGACAAGCCAGACCACCACGCAGGGCUGGAGCAUCGGAGCCAAGAUCGGCGCGCCCAAGCUUGCAGACGGUAAGAUCUCCGUCGAGCUCUCGGGGACGUACUCGAAGACUUGGACAAACGUCCUCCAGGUAACGGACACGACGAACUACAAGAUGAACUGCCCGGCUAAACACCUGUGUCGCAUCGAGAGGUGGGCAUUCUACCUCAAUCUUAAAGGAUUUUGCGUGCAGCAGCCCAUGAUCAACGACAAGUGCUGGGGUGACAAGGGGACAUUUCCAUGCAUGACAAAGGGCAAUUGUGGCGAGGAGAAUGCGAUAAGUUCCGGAAAGGUGGCCGCCUGCACCAACACCGGAUGCUGGUCGUCGAUGGACCAAACUCUCGCCAUGUGCAAGCAAAACCCUGACGCGAAGAUGGAUUGCGCAGUCGAGACGACGAUAUUCGAAAAUGACAGGCCAAAAUCGACCAUCGCUCUUAUCGCCAUACCCUUCGUCAACACCACACAAGUCAAGAGGGCUAAUGUGGACUAUUCGAAGCUGGAGCUUGAUUUCGCGAACGUCAAGAUUGAGUUUCGUGACUAG